UUCUGUUCAAACGAACCACGGACUUGCCCUGGCAGGAUGCUCCUGCAACGUGGUGGUGAUCCUUGUCUGUGUCUCUAAGUUUUAGAGUGGGGUUUAAAGGGCGCCCAAAAAGUCUACGGUAAAGCACUUCACCACCUCCCGUGGACACAACAUGACAGGAGGAGAAGUGAAGAAAGACAUCCAGGAGAGCUACAAUCGAUACCUGAAAAGCCUGUCCAGAUCAGUACAGUGAAUGCAGGAAUUGAACAGAAGACUCCAAUCAGUGAAGCUAUGCCUUUGAAGCAGAUGAAGUCUGUUAACAGAACAAAGUCUGCAGAGUUCCGUGAAGAAGUGGAUAACAAUAUCGAACAGAAGCCUUUAUCCAGGCUCUCUGACAAACCUGAUCCUGAUGUCCCUGGGACUACAAUAGAAGACAAUGACAGUACCUCUGUUGUUAAGCAGAAAAUGACUGAAGAAAAGAAGAAACGUGAUGGACAAGAUGCACGUGUGCAUUCAAGACUUCCUUUGGUCAGGAGGAAGGAGGACGUGAAGGAGCAAGCUGAUUGGCACCACACACAACUGAAUGAACUCCUCAGAAAUGAUAUAAAGGAAUUAAUAAAGGAGGAAUUGGCUACAGGGCAUGCAAAGAUGAGGAAACUCCUCAGAAAGGAUCUAGAGGAAAUUAGGGGAAUACUCAAGAAGGAAUUAAGACAACUAUUUGUGGAGGAGAUGGCCCUGCUGCAAGAGCAGGAGCACUGGAAUCUGCAGUACCUGAAGGAACUCUUUAGAAGGGAAUUAAAAGAGAUGGUUCGGCAACAGGUUAAAAAUUCCAAAAUUAUCAUUUGUCCUAAAGAAGAGCCACUACCUGGUGCCUCUAAAGGAACUGCAGACUACCAGAGAACAUCUCUGGAACAAAGAAAAAAGAAAAAAUAUGGAGGUGACCAUGACAGUGCCCCUUCACAUUCAGAAAAGCCCUCAGUGCAAACUGAAGAGGAAGUCAUUGGUGGGCAGAGUGAUUCCCACUGUAUACCUCUAAAGGAACUCAUUAAAGAAGAUUUAAAAGAAGCACUUUGUGAAAUACUUGAAAAAUAUAAAUGUGAUACAUGUAUGAAGAAAGAACUACCUCAUAUCCUUAAUGGAAGAAAACAACUAAGGAAAAUAUCUACAGAACAAGAGCUAAGGAAGAAUUAUGACAGUGAGUCCUUAUAUUCAGAGCAGCCUGCUACCAAGACAGUGAAGGAAAUGGAGCAUGAGCACAGUGAAUUGCAGCACGUGCAUCUUAAGGAACUCAUUAAAAAAGAUUUAAAGGUGAAAAUUUGUGAUGUGCUUGGAAAAUACAAAAAUGUUUGCCCCGAGAAAGAAGGACUACCUCGUGUCUCUAAGGGGAAAACAAGAUUAAAGAAAAUCACUGAAGAUCAAGAAAAGGAGAAGUGCAAUGUUGAAUAUGCAUCUUUAUGGUCAUGGCCUUCUGUGAAAACUGAUGAGGUGACAAUAGACCAGCAGAAUUCACUACAGUACAAACACUUUAAAAAAUACAUCAGAGAAAAUGUAAAGGAGAUGGUUCAUGAACAACUUGAAAAUGCUGAACUUAUUAUUCAUCCUAAAGAAGAGCCUGUACCUGAUGACUCUAGAAGAGAAAUAUCCACAAAGGUUAAAGAAAAGAAGUCAGGGUAUCUGCAUGUACCCGUUUUCGAGUCUUUUGAGCACAGAAUCGCUGCUCUGCGGGCUACCGCACACGUUGAACCAGCUCCUGCUGCCUGCCCUCGUGAUGCAGGUGACUUGAGUGACAUGGACAAGGCUUUCGAGGCUCAAUUGGCCCGUGCAGUUGCUUUGGCUGACAGCACUGAGCACCAAAGAUGGCAACCGCACACUGACCCUGAGCUUGCUCCUGGUCACCGCACUGGUGACGCCAGGGACCCUCCUCACAAUGCUGACCUGGCUCUUGACAAGCUCAGUAUUGAUCUAGAAUCUGCUCCUCUCUGUGGUCCCAGUGACACUAAGGAUCCUGCUAAUGACGCUGACCUAGCUUUUCACACUGCACAUCCAACUGGCCGCUUCAGACCAAGCAUGAGCACCAACAACAGGUCUGACCUUCCAGAUUCUACAAGGAUCCUGCUGGGUGCUUUCCUGGAGCUCACCGAGGAAGACAGGCACUCGGUGGAGAAGGGCGAGGACCAAACUGUGCUGGACCACUACCAACACGCCUAG